UUUAGCCAGUUGGCUAACGUUAGCCGAGCUCGUGACCACUAGCUCAGGGCAUCAGUGAACCCGCGGAUUUUUGUCUGUAGCAGAGUUGUCGUGGACUUUAAAAAUGGAUUCUGAACCGUAGUAAAUGGAUGUCGUCCGUUGGGUUGGAGUGAAGCGGGCGGUCAGACGGAGUGGGGCCGGCUCGCACGUUCGGUUACGUAGAGGACGUGGAUCUAUGUGUGGGCUGGGCUAGGUGAGCUCUGUCGGUGUUAGCCUCACUGGGCUAGCAAUGUCGGAUUGGACCGCUUCUGCCUGGGUUCGGAUCGUCUUUUUCACCAGAAAUGAGUUUCUGAAGACCACCCUACAAGGUCUGAGCUUGUUUGUCAGCCUUGAAUAGGUUUGGUUUUCACCCUCCAAGUGUCCUGUGGACGACAGCGGACCAUGGUGGUCUGAAGACGGGGCUCGCAGUGUGAGUUCAGUCCAACGCAGCGAAGGCUUCAUCCAGACGGGAACGGAGAGGAAAAAGAACGUUUGAACACAAAAUGUCCCGGAACAGAGAACUGGUUGUUUUCUACGUGAAGUAUAAACUGUCUCAGAGGAACUACCCCCUCAACCACAUAGUGCUCAAUGAGUCUCCGAACAGGACUGCUGCGGGGGAGGUGGGCGAGGAGCAGAGCACGGAGACGCACGCCAACGGGACGUUUAACGGGACAACUCCCGGGACCCCGCCGCUCUCCCCGCUGCGAGAGCAACAGUUGCCGUCGACGACAAACAUGGACGCAGUGAAGGAGGCGCUCCGGGACACGGCCAACGAGUUCGAGCUCCGGUACGCCCUUGCCUUCAACAACCUGCACAGCCAGCUGCACAUCACGCCCGCCACGGCCUACCAGAGCUUCGAGAACGUGAUGAACGAGCUGUUCCGCGACAACAUCAACUGGGGCCGCAUCGUGGGGCUCUUCGCAUUCGGCGGGGCGCUGUGCGUGGAGUGCGUUGAGAAGGAGAUGAGCCCCCUGGUGGACCGGAUUGUGGAGUGGAUGACCGUCUACCUGGACAACCACAUCCAGCCCUGGAUCCAGAGCCAAGGCGGAUGGGAGCGUUUUGCUGAAAUCUUUGGGCAGGAAGCCGCGGCUGAGAGCAGAAGGUCUCAGGAGAGCUUCAAGAAGUGGCUGCUGGUGGGGAUGACGGUGGCGACCGGCGUCCUGGUGGGAUCCUCCUCGCCCAGAAACGCCUGUGAGGGGACGGGGCCUCCUCUCCAGUUCCACGUCCCAGCUCCCAUCUGCCUCCUCCACUACCCUCAACAUUGAAAUAAAGGUCCUGUUCGUCCCAUCAGGGCUCCUGGUGCUGAUGAUGUUUACUUCAGCCGCUGCCAUGCGUGAGCAGAGCGAGGAUCCGCCCAGCAUGUUGAACUUUUAGGGAAAAAGACAGAGAGAGCGUUUUAGUAUUCUUCUGUUCGCCUUGGAUGCAAACCUGUGCUAACACACACGCGUUCCUUCCAAUUUUUGUUCCUUCAUCUUAAUCCUGUGCAGAUUUAAAAGAAAUUGAGUUUAAGUUUCAUUCCUGAAUGUUGGUUUGUGUUAGUUUGAACCUUUUUCGCCAUGGCCCUGUCACACUGAGACGAUGCAGAGACGCAUCGGCCGUCCUCUCAGACACGUGCCAUACAGAUGGCGAAGGCGGCGGGGAGGAUGAACGGUGUCUGUCCCGACCAGAGAAGCAGCAGGCUGUUUUCCACUAGAACUCUCUCUGUAACUUUGUGUUUGUUGGUGUUUUUAAUCGUUUCGUUUGAUUAAAACUCUGGUUCCUCCACCGCUUUGUGCUUCAGUCACACACAGAGUUUGGUUCAGGCGCAGCAGCUGAAGAACGCAGCGGAUUCUGUAGCGACAGGAGGGCAGUUUGAAGUGCGCCUCACAGUCUGUGCGUGCGGAUUCGGAUCUUAUUUCUUUUCUUUUUUUUAAGCUUUGUAGACGAACACAUAGUAGUCCUGCAGUGCUGUGUUUGUGGGCAGAAAAAGGGACAGCAGUUUCUCCAAGGUGAAGACACUAACUGUUGUUUACAGAGGAUUCCUUGUUGGAGCGUUUCUGCCCGUCAAACCCGACCAUUCUUCAUCGUCCUUUUACAGAUUUAUGUAGCAAACCGAUUCCACCUGCCAUUUUUGAAGAUUGAGCCCCCGUUUCUUUCUCCUCCUCAGACAUCAAACUGAGUGCUUAAGAGUCACUACAUUCCUCCUCCUCCUCCUCCUCCCAUCACGCUCUCCUACAUUCCAGGACGGGACUUAUAGAUCUAUUUUUCUAGCGUGUGCUCCGUGAGAAGCUGCUCCGCGAAUCUCCCCCCGCCGUUUGGACCCGCUCUUUAACAGCCUGUGACCCCCCCCCCAUCAUGAGCGUUUGAGGAAGGUGUUCUGUUAUUGAAGGAGGCACAAAUGAAGGAAGCGUGACCACAUUGGCAGGACCCUACAUAUAUAUAAAUCUAUAUAUAUGUAUAUAUAUAUAUAUAUAUAUGUAUAUAUACAUAUAUAUAUGCUUGUUAUUUAAACUGAUUUAGAUUAGGAAGUUAGCUUAGUUACAUAUUUAAGAAAAACAGAACUGAUGGCUUUUAAAUGUAAUUUAUAUUUGGUGUAAAACGCAUAAAUGUGCUCCUUCAAACAGCCUUAAACUCCAUCCAUGUGCAUCGUCAGUUGUGACUUUCUUUUCUUUAGGAUUGUUGGACCGCAGUUGGAUGACAGGAAAUCAAACCAAGCAGGGUAGUUUUACAGAAACGUGGAGUCGCUUUCUGAUCCAUCCUCAUGGACUCAAAAGUCAAGAUCACAACCAUGUCCUAGGGUCUGUUUGUUUGUCUUUAGAUUGCAAUUGUAACAUUUGAAAUGACACUGAAUCUAAUAAAGUCCCAUGUUGGAAGAA